CACUUCUUCAACACACCUGAGAGGUUGAUUUAUUUCUUUCAUUUCAUUUUUCUUUUCUCCCAGAGCUACGAUCACUGCCAUUCUCCUCACCAUGUGGACGCUGGCUGUUCUCGCUCUGUGCCUCGCCUCAGCGGUUCUCUGCUUGGACUCCAAUGAGAUUCGCUCCUCCAGAGAGAUCGUCACGGACCCUGAGCCGACCGUGAUGCCACCUGAGAACUUCACAGUCAACGUGAGCGUCCUCAACAACGUGAGGCAACGACAGAAAAGCCCUGAAUGCCCCAAUCAGCAGGGACACGUAUGCCAGCAGACCUCACAGAAGAGACGUGCUCGUAAGAAGAGGCCAUCGCUGGAUGAUACAGUCGGUGGAAGAGAGGCGCGGAGGAAUCAGUGCGUCCGCUCCCGUGACUGCGGAGAGGGCUUUUGCUGCAUUCAAUACGCCGGCGUAAGACGGUGCCAGAGGGUUCUUCAGGAAGGAGAGAUGUGCCUUUUGGUGCGACCAAAGUCUAAAUCCCGCAGACGUUUGUCUCGAUGCUCCUGCAUGGAGGGUCUGAACUGUCUUCCAAUGUCUGGUGGCUUCAAGGGACAAGGAGAGUGUCGUGUUCCGUAUUAGGGUGUGUCUGGAACAGAAAACACUGAUGGCGUCUUGGGCCGAGCCUGGAGGCAGCUUGUGAUGGAGGAAAGAAAAGAAAAGAAAAGAAAAAGACUGUAUGAUGAACAAAUGGCCAAUUAUUUUUGAAAGCGGUAUCUAUUCAUCUUUACUGGCCAAGAGAGAUAUCCCACAAUUCUGUCCGGCACGCCUUUCAGUCAGAGCUGGAGUGUGUGGCUAGCAAUAGCGUGUCCAGUUUGGUUCAUCAUAUUAUUAUUUUUUUAUUAACUUAACAUUAUUAUUAUUUUUCACAAAAUAAGUUUCCUAUUUCUCAUGUUUCUUCCUUUCCUCACCAGCACUUAUUAUUAUUAUUAUUAUUAUUAUUAUUAUUAUUAUUAUAAAGUUAGCAAGCAGUGCCUCACGCUUGAGUGUUCUAGGUUAGCAUUCUCAAACAACUAACAAAUAGGUUUAUUUUUUACAGAAAUAAUAUUUAUAACACUAGUCCUGAUCCCAGUAAGGUUAUCAACUCUUAAACAUCUGUAUUUAUAUUUGACCGAAACUGAUAUGGAACAUGAGGUGAAUAUUUCUGUCUGUACCCUCGCUAAUGUUCUUCAUUAGCUCAGCUUCUCCGUAGCAAAGACGGGCUAAUUCAUUUGUAGAGGAAGGAAAGAAAGAGAAAAGAAAAAGAAAGACGCGGCUGAGUCAUUAGAUUAGCGCUAUAAAAACGAGGCACCUGCUUUUCCAUUUCAGACACGCCUGUCUCGAACCGAAGGCAGGGUUUUAUUUUUUUAUUAUUUUAAUAUUUUCAUGCUCUGGCAAGUGAAUGUGUGAAAUUUGAAUGUAAUGUGACAUGCAUAGUGAACAGAUUUUUAACUUUCAGUUAGCUGAUUAGCAUUGCGCUAACUGGGUGUCUGAAUCGUGUCUCGGAGGGAAUUAAGUGUUGAUCUAAUUCAUGGAUCAUUUUACCCGUGCUACUGAAUUCUUGAUUCUGAUUGGUCAGAAGAUCGCAGAUUUCUAUCAACACGCUCGUUUCAAUACGUUGCGAACACCUACGUACUCGAAAGGCUAAUCCUUUCAAAUGGAUUUCAAAACAAAACAAACCUAAAACUCGAUGUUAUUUAGACAAGAAAACGUGUGUCAGCUUUGACAUGGUGAGGUUUUCGGUAAACUUUUACGGAAGGAGUCUCCAGUUUCAGGUUAAACUGGAACCUUUAAGUUCUUAGACACUUUGCUAACUUUAGCGAACAGUAAAUGUAACCAUAAACGGAUAAAAACAGUACAGUGUGUCGUUAGGUAGUAAUUAAAAUUGUAGUCAUUGGCACCAUUACUGUGGUAUAACAUAAGAGGAAUAAAACACCAAGGAUGUCGGGUUAUCGGAAAAUAUUUACCCAGUUUGCGCAAUGCUAAACGUAUAGGGUGCUAAACUUAGCCUCCAGCACAAAACAAAAAUGUUUUGAUUUGUUUCAUGGCCGAACUAAUCUUUCGAGCUAAGCUGUUAGUGUUAUUUUUUAUAGAAUUGCUAGUGCUAAUCCAUUUUGUGACAUUAAAUGGUAAACGGUUACGAAAGAAAACCCGAGUUUGAGCGUAAACCUUCGCUAAACUGUUCGUUUGAUCCUCGUGUAUGUGAAAUCAUGUUUGCUUGCUGUUUUUAAGAUGUUGUACACUGUUAUUUUGACGUAUUUUUGAACGUAGGAUGCACUAGUUUGUUCAGCACAGCCGUGUUGGAUUCGAGCGCCCUCUAUUGGAUAUUUAUAUAUAGCACUUACACAUGC